AUGAAGUUGCUAAUUACGUCAAGACGCGGAACAGCGAGAUUUUUCGGACCAUUACAAAACUACAAAGCUACAAUGGCCGCUAUACAAUUUAUUCUACUUUUUGCAACAGUUUUUAUCACAUGUGAGGCUCAGAGACCGUUUUACGCUGGUCUUAGACCAAUUGGAUAUCCAUUAACGGCAUCCAAUGACAUCCUACUAAAUAGAUUUGGAGAGGACGAGCCAGCUCCGAUCGAAGCUAGAGGAGAUGGAAGCUUAAUUAACAGACUCAAUCAAAUGCCUAUCGAUAAUCGACCCUUUUGGUACCUUAACUGGCAGGCAUACGAUGCGUUAAGGAGUAGACCACAGACAUGGCCACAAAGACCGAAUAACUUUAUUAGCAGGUUUUGA